GGUCUGAACAAGGUGCUGCUCGGUGGGUUCCUGGACCCCCGAGGUGCGACAAUUGCGAGUCUCAGCUCCUUGGCCGAUGAAGAGACUUACCUCUGGGAGCUGGAGGAGAGGAUUUCUUGCCUCCCACAUCCAGGACCCCAAGGGCUGUGGAGGAAAACAGCAUUGGAUGCUUAUUGCUCAGAUUGAGAGUGAAAAACCAGUGGAAAAGGUUGAUGGCAGAAGUUUGACGAUGCAAACACUGGAAUUGGUGACCUUCAAUGAUGUAGCUAUAGACUUUGAUGCAGAGGAGUGGGCCUUGAUGGACACAACCCAGAGAAACAUAUUCAGAGAUGUUAUGCUGGAGAGUAUCAAUCAUCUGAUGUCAGUGGGGUAUCAGCUCUGCAAAUCUGAAGUGGUUUCCCAGCUGGAACAAGGAGAAGAACUGUGGAGGGAAGGAUUAGGAUUCCUUCAAGGACAGAGUACAAGCAGACAAAAUGAGCCCAGAAAAGAAGAACUGAUAAACAUGCCAUGUAUCUGUGAUAAGGACAAAUAUACUAUUCCGUUAAAGCAGAUUUCUAACAUUGGAGAGGAUCCCUUUGAAAGUAAUGAUUUGGGAAAAGAUUUAAUUCACUGCACAUUGUCUGACAUGGAAACAAACCCCUAUGUAAAUGAACAAUUUCAGAAAGCUAUCAAUUCCCAGUCAUUCUUUAGUAGACAUAAGCAAAUUCAGUAUGGAAAUAACCACAUUGUUCCACAUGUCUGCCAUCUAUGUGGGAAAUCCUUCCGUCGAUGUCAUUCCCUUAAGGAACAUGAGAGAAGUCACACUGGGGAGAAACCAUAUAUCUGCCAUCUAUGUGGGAAAUCCUUCAGUCGAUGUCGUAACCUUAAGGAACAUGAGAGAGGUCACACUGGGGAGAAACCAUACAUCUGCCAUGUAUGUGAGAAAUCCUUCAGUUAUCCUGGUAGCCUUAAAAAUCAUGAGAAAACUCACAUGGUUGAGAAACCAUAUGUUUGCCAUUUUUGUGGUAAAUUCUUCACUAGUAAGUUUAACUUCACAGAACAUGUGAGAACACACACUGGGGAGAAACCAUAUGUCUGCCAUCUAUGUGGGAAAUGCUUCAGUCAUUGUGGUAGCCUUAGGGAACAUAAGAGAACUCACACUGGGGAGAAACCAUAUGUAUGCCAUCUAUGUGGGAAAUCCUUCAGUCAUUGUUGUAGCCUUAGGAAACAUGAGAGAACUCACAGUAAGGAGAAACCUCACAUUUGUCAUCUUUGUGGGAAAGACUUCACUAAUAAGUUUACCCUCAAACAACACAUGAGAACACACACAGGGGAGAAACCAUACAUCUGCCAUCUAUGUGGGAAAUCCUUCAGUUGUUGGAGUACCCUUGGGAAACAUGAGAGAACUCACACUGGGUAGAAACUGCCCAUCUGCCAUCUAUGUGGGAAAUCCUUCAGUCAUCAUGAUGGCCUUAGGCAACAUGAGAAAACUCACACUGGUGAGAAACCAUGUUUGCUAUCUUUGUGGUAAAUACUUCAUUUAUAGUUCUAUCUUCAGACAACAUAUGUGAAUGCACAAUGGGGAGAAACCAUAUGUCUGCCAUCUAUGUGGGAAAUCCUUCAGUGAAAGUGGUAGCCUUAGGCUACAUGAGAGAACGCACACUGGGGAGAAACCAUAUGUAUUCCAUCUAUGUGGGAAAGACUUCAGUUAUAGUUUUACUCUCAUCCAACAGGUGAGAAAUCACACGGGAGAAACCACAGGUCUGCCAUUUAUGAGGGAAUCAUCAGUGUGGUACUCUUAGAGAACUUGGAAGAAUUCACACUGGGAAGAAACCAUUUGUCAGCUUUUUUCAUGGGGAAGCCUUCACUGAUAGACUGAUCCUCAGACAACAUGAGAUAUUAACACUGGGGAGAAAACAUGUCUGCCAUCUAUGUGUGAAAGCCUUUAGACAUAAAUCUGCCAUUAGGAACAUCAGAGAACUUAUUAAAUAUGUUGUGCAUAUUGUAGUUUUCAGACACAGCUACCACAUUUAAAAAGUUAAAAAAAUAAAACACAACACAGUAGUGUAAAUCUCUGUCAAUGUAAUCAAUGCCUAAAUGCCUUUAUUUACAAUCUAUCCUUAAUAAUGUGAUUGCUCUAUCCUGAGAGGAACACUAUGUAAUUACUUAUAAUAGAUUUCAGCUCAUCAACUCUAGGAGAUAAUUAUGAUGUCAUUAUUACUCAAUGAAGAAAUGUGUGAAAUCCUUAAAUUACAGUGUGCAAUAUACAUGAAGUUUCACAUUUUAUACAUUAUUCUCUGUAUAUAUAUGGAAUGAAGAAAAGUCUUUGGUAGUUUUGAAUUUAUCCAUCAAUGCUUAAUUUCCCAUACUAAGGAAAUGUCUACCGUGAACUCAAAUCAGAAUGUGUUCAGCUGGAGUUCACCUCAGGAAUAUGAAACUGAGGAAAACAUCUAACAAGAAUGCUUCACAGAACAAUUCAACCAUGAUUUCAGAGUUUUGCCAACUAACCUAUAAAUGAAAACUAAAUUAAAAUACAGGAUUGUGAAGUGAUCUUGGAGUGCUGAAUGCAGAAUUUUGUAAUGAGUUGUAGGCAAUGAAAUCAAAGUUCUUCUCGACGUACUUGCAAAUAUUUAUGAGGUAAAAGCUGUACCUCAAAAUUCUAUGAUGUUCAGCUUCUAUUUUUUCACACAAUUCUAAACAUAAAUAUAAUGACUCUGUGAAACCAGGGAUCUUUGAACAUUAACUGAAAAAUAUACAGGCCAAGAUUAUGUGUCAUAAGCCUUAUAUACUCUGAACAGGUAUAAAAACAGCAGUA